CCUCCCACGCGGCCAUGGCGGAGAGUGAGCUGCAGCUGGUGGCACGACGGAUCCGCAGCUUUCCGGACUUCCCCAUCCCGGGCGUGCUGUUCAGGGACAUCUCGCCCCUCCUGAAGGACCCUGACUCCUUCCGCGCCUCCAUCCGCCUGCUGGCGCGCCACCUACAGCAGGCCCACGGGGACGGCAUCGACUACAUCGCAGGCCUAGACUCCCGAGGCUUCCUGUUUGGCCCCUCCCUGGCCCAGGAGCUGGGCCUGGGCUGCGUGCUCAUCCGAAAACGUGGAAAGCUUCCAGGCCCCACCGUGUCUGCCUCCUAUGCACUCGAAUACGGGAAAGCUGAGCUGGAGAUCCAGAGAGACGCCCUGGAGCCAGGGCAGAAGGUGGUCAUCGUGGACGAUCUGCUGGCCACUGGUGGAACUAUGCGCGCAGCCUGUGAGCUGCUGGGCCAGCUGCAGGCUGAGGUUCUGGAAUGCGUGAGCCUGGUGGAGCUGACCUCACUGAAGGGCAGAGAGAAGCUGGCCCCCGUGCCCUUCUUCUCUCUCUUGCAGUACGAGUGACCCAGAUGCCCACCCCUCCCCAGCCCAACAUCUUCAACUGCAGGAGAGGGAACUUUCAGCCUCUGGUGGCUGAAGUGACCUGUGCUGGCCACCAGGGGCCAGUGGCUGCCCACACAAAAAUUUUAUCCAUUCAUUUCUUUGAGUGAUUCCAGUGCCCACAGGUCUUGCUGGAAGUGCCAAAAAGUGUUCAAGUCUGGGGCUGAUGGCCUGGAGCAGAGCCAAACGAGGCCAUAGCAGGUCCAGCUCCAAAUACUGCAAAUGAGAACACAAGUAAACAGCU